UUAUGCAACGCAUUUAUAACGGUCCCAAAACACCUUAGUGCUUGAACCUAAAGCACUGUCCUUGUCGCAGCGCCAAGCAGCAAGAGUUGUUGAGAUUUUACGAAAGCGUCCAGUGGCUUCCUUGUCGUGCCUUUCAUUCUGCCAAGUUUCGUUCCAGUGACAAGUUCGCGGGUUUGGCGAAUCGUAACGAGCGGAUGUUUCGGAAGUUGUGUUGUUAAUCUCGGCGGCAACGCGACAACAAAACGAAUAAACAAAAAAGUAUCCAGACACGGAAAUUCUACACACCUAGAGGAACAUCCCAAAUGGGCUUGUAAAGAAAAAUGACGUUCAUAUAUUUUGCAAGGUUGCCAGGAACCCUUGCAAACAAGUUCAGAAAUCUGCGGAAGCUGAAACUAGGACCUGUUGCCCCCAUAAGAUGUUCCUCAUCAGCCACUUUCCCACCCACAUUCUCUCCAGUGUUUGGAGGCAUUCAAGAGCACUUGGACAAGUUAGCUGUGGUUGAUGCACUUGGCUCACACACUUAUGAUGAACUACUUAGCUUUAGCCAGCAAAUCCAAAAACAGAUAUCCAAAUUUGCGAGCUCAUGUGAUCAAAUGCGAAUUUCAUAUUUGUGCCCUAGUGAUGUUCGAUAUGUUGCCACACAGUGGGCAUGCUGGCUGGGUGGUAAUGUAGCUGUGCCCCUCUACCAUCAGCAUCCAGAUGCCAUGCUGGAAUACUACAUUAAAGAUUCGCAGACAUCUAUUUUGCUCACAACCCAAGAAUACAAGGAACGCAUUCUGACGCUUUCAGAGAAACUUUCUCUCCCUUAUAUUGUAAUUGACAGACCAAGUAAAGAAAAAGCAGAAGAAAUUGAAACCAAAGAUUGGGAAAGCUUGAAGGAACAGGAUGCUCUGAUGAUGUACACCAGUGGGACGACAGGGCCUCCAAAAGGAGUUGUCCUUUCAUUCAGCAAUGUGCACUUUCAAGUGGCACAGAUUAGGAAGGCCUGGGAGUGGGCACCUGCAGAUGUGAUGCUGCAUGCACUGCCACUUCAUCACACACAUGGAAUUAUAAGUGGCCUGCUCACACCAUUGUACUCUCGUGCAGCUUGUGUGAUGCUACCCAAGUUUAACCCUGAAGAGGUGUGGGAACAUCUGCUACAUUUAGAUAAGAGCAAGCCAGCAGUUUCGGUCUUCAUGGCUGUACCUACAAUGUAUGUAAAGCUGAUUGAGCACUACGAGCAGCACUUGAAACACUGCAAAGAGACGGCACCGAAUGUGGUCCGUGACACAUUUGCAAAAAAUAUCAGGUUUGUUAUUAGUGGUUCGGCUUCUCUCCCACAACCUAUAUUUGAAAAAUUUCACGACAUUACCGGUAUGACUAUAUUGGAAAGAUAUGGAAUGACUGAAGUUGGUGUACCACUGUCAAAUCUCCUGCACGGCAAAAGGCAUCCUGGAUGUGUGGGAUACCCUACAGCAGGUGUUGAAGUGUGCAUUGCUGAAGCGGACAAAUCCAAAUUAGGAUACAAGCCUCUGGUAUUGAGCACAAGUGCAGAGACAAAGUACCUUGAAGGAUUGGAAAACAACAGUGGUGAACUGCUUAUUAGAGGCCCUAAUGUGUUCAAGUACUACUGGAAUAGGCCUGAGGUAACAAAAGACUCAUUUACCCAGGAUGGCUGGUUUAAAACAGGUGACAGUGCAGCAUGCAUUGAUGGCGUCUACAAGAUCCUAGGUCGUACAUCAGCUGAUAUCAUCAAGACUGGUGGUUACAAGGUCAGCGCACUAGAUGUAGAACGCCACUUGCUGGCCCAUCCAUCCAUUAAAGAAUGCACAGUAGUGGGAGCCCCUGAUGCCACUUGGGGUGAACGUGUUGCUGCAGUGGUUGUCUUGCAUGAGCCAUCAGCCACACUGGAACUUGAAGCCCUUCGAAACUGGUGCAAAGAGCGCAUGCCCACAUACAAUGUACCCAGUAUUCUGCUGUGUGUGCCUGCUCUAGAACGCAAUUUUCUGGGCAAAGUCAAUAAGAAGGAACUUGUAAAGAAAUUGUGGCCUGCCCCACAGCAAUAGCAUAAACACUCAUGCAAGUUAGGAAACUGCAAAAUAAAAUGUUAAAAUUUGCAAUCUAAA